GGGUCGUCCCUCGAGGAGAACCCGAACCUGGUUGCAAUUUUGGAUACAUCCCAUUCUUCUUCUUCUUCUUCUUCUUCUUCUCCCACAAGCAAACCAAGGUGAAAAGGGGAAAGGGUUUCUCCAUGGAAAUCAGUGCUUCUUCUGCGCCAACAUCCCGCCGACCGAAUUUCCGUUAUCUCCGGUGUUCUUUCUUCCGGAACUGUUGUCGCUGUUUCUGUUGCUGCUUCACUUAUCCAUAGUCCAACAUCGUCAGCUUCAAUCAUCGUAACUGAUUGUUGGAUUUUAUGGAUUUGUCUCAUGCUCAGUCGGCUCUUUCCUUGGGGUUUGGGAAUUCGCAUGUGUCAUCUUCUUCGAAGAUUCCAGUUGCAGACGAUUCGAUUUCCUUGCAAAUUGUUUCAUCCAAAUCCAAUCCGGUGCCUCGGGCUUCCCUCCAAUUUCUGAAACAGGUUCGGGUUGUGAAUGGGGAGGGAGAAGAUUUCGACGGAGAAGAGGAGCGAUUCAGUCUUUUAGGGCAUACUAUGUGUCUCAAAAGGCAAAGAGAUCACCAAUCGCCUUCGAACCCUUGUAAACGUGUGGCGGCCGACCCUGGUCUCGAGCAGAGGCGGGCUGCCGUUCGUUCCUGGGGAAACCAGCCGCUGGAAGUCGCGGACCCUGAGGUUCAUGAGAUCAUGAAAAAAGAGAAGGAGAGACAAUUCAGAGGAAUCGAGCUUAUUGCCUCUGAAAAUUUUGUGUGCCGUGCAGUAAUGGAAACUCUAGGAAGUCACUUAACGAACAAAUACUCCGAGGGAAUGCCUGGAGCGAGAUACUACAUGGGCAAUCAAUAUAUUGAUCAGAUUGAAACUCUCUGUUGCGAGCGUGCAUUGGCAGCUUUUGGUCUUGAUUCACAAAUGUGGGGAGUGAAUGUGCAGCCUUACUCCUGCACUUCUGCAAAUUUUGCUGUUUACACAGCUCUUUUGCAGCCUGGUGAUCGAAUAAUGGGGCUGGAUUCACCUUCUGGAGGGCACAUGAGUCACGGGUAUUAUCAGCCAGGGGGAAAGAAAUUUCUGCGGCGUCGAUAUUCUUUGAGAGUUUCCCUUAUAGGGUGAACCCACAAACCGGGUAUAUUGAUUAUGAUAAACUGGAAGAGAAGGCACUUGAUUAUCGCCCCAAGAUAUUGAUUUGUGGUGGGAGUUCCUAUCCACGAGAGUGGGACUAUGCUAGGUUCAGGCAGAUUGCUGAUAGGUGUGGAGCGGUGUUGAUGUGUGACAUGGCUCACAUUAGUGGCCUUGUGGCCGCAAAGGAAUGUGUAAGUCCAUUUGACUACUGUGAUAUAGUUACUUCUAUGACUCAUAAAAGUCUACGGGGUCCAAGAGGAGGUAUUAUCUUUUACAAGAGAGGCCCAAAAUCAAGAAAGCAAGGUGUGGUUCUAACUAAUGGUGACAGUUUUGGGCAUUAUGAGCUUGAAGAGAAGAUAAACUUUGCUGUUUUUCCAUCACUCCAAGGAGGCCCUCAUAAUAAUCACAUUGCCGCUCUUGCCUUAGCCUUAAAACAUGUGGGAACUCCAGAGUACAAAGCAUACAUGCACCAGGUGAAGAAAAAUGCCCAGGCUCUAGCAUCUGCCUUGUUGAGGAGAAAAUGCAAAUUAGUGACUGGUGGCACGGACAAUUAUUUGUUGCUCUGGGAUCUGACCACCCUAGGUUUAACAGGUAAAUAUUACGAGAAAGUCUGUGAGAUGUGCCACAUCACUCUUAACAAAACUGCUAUAUAUGGUGAUAAUGGUGCUAUUUCUCCUGGAGGAGUGCGAAUUGGUACUCCUGCAAUGACAUCAAGAGGCUGUCUAGAGUCUGAUUUUGAGACCAUUGCUGAUUUUCUUUUUAGGGCAGCACGGAUUACAAGUGCAGUUCAGAGGGAACAUGGAAAAUUGCAGAAAGAGUUUCUGAAGGGUCUCCAAAACAAUAAUGAUAUUGUGGAUCUCCAGAAUCAAGUUGAGGCAUUUGCUGAGCAGUUUGGCAUGCCUGGGUUUGAUAUUUGAAGACAUGAAAAAGCACCUGUAUGCUUCUGGACGCAAUUUUCUUGGUAAUUCAUUGAUUUUUUCCAGUGCACUCUGUUUUGCAUUUCAUCCCUGUAAAAUAGAAAAAGAUAGGUAAAUAUAAAACAUGACUUUUUUU